AUGCAGCAGCUGGGCCCCUCCUCCCUCCCCGCUGCCUGCGCUGCCCCCAGCAGCAGCAGCAGCAGCACUAGCAGCAGCAGCAGCAGCAGCAGCAGCAGCAGCAGCAGCAGCUGCUGCUGCUGCUGCUGCUGCAGCACAUCAGACUGCGUCAAAACCCUCUCCCGGCCCCACCCGCUCUUCUCAGUGGGCGACAGAGUCAAAACAACUGACGGCCAUUUCGCCUCCGUCAAAUAUAUUGGCCUUCUCAGUACCCUCACCCAGGGGGCCCCCCAGGGGGCCCCCCGGGGGGCCCCCCAGGGGGCCCCCGAGGGGGCCCCCCCGGGGGCCCCCGAGGGGCCCCCGGGGGGGCCCCUGCAGCCUCAGGGGCCCCCUGAGGGGCCCCUCGCAGCAGCUGCAGCAGCUGCAGCAGCUGCAGCAGAUGCAGCAGAUGCAGCAGCUUCAGCAGCUGCAGCAGCUGCAGCAGCUGCAGCAGCUGCAGCAGCUGCAGCAGCUGCAGCAGAUGCAGCAGCUGCGGCAGAGCCCCAGGGGGCCCCCCGAGAAGAGGGUCUUGACCCUCAGCAGCAGCCGCAGGGGGCCCCGGGGGCCCCCAGAGGGGCCCCUGGGGGGGGCCCCCUGGGGGCCCCCCCGAGGGGCCCCGGGGGGCCCCCCAGUUGGGAAAAGGGGCCCCAAGAGGAUUUAUGGAUUGGAGUGGUUUGGGAAGAUUCCUCAAGAGGGAAACAUGACGGGGAGCUGGAGGGGGCGCAGCAGCACUUCAGCAGCAUAAAGCUUUUGGAGACAAUUACUUUGACCAACUUCCCCCUCAAAGCAGCAGGCUCUCCCCUCUUCGAACUCCCCAGGCUGCUGACGCUGUCAAUGGGAGGCAGUCUGCUGCGGGACUGGGGCGAACUUUGUCUGAUCUUGUGCUGCUGCAAAAACCUGAAGAGUCUUUGCCUUGCUGACACGCGGCUGCAGCACUUCGAGCUGCUGCUGCAGCAGCAGCCUGCUGCUGCUGCUGCUGCUGCUGCUGCUGCUGCUGCUGAUGCACACAGCUGCCGCAUUGCGGCGGCCCUUCAAAGACUCCUGAAGCAAAAGGACGCAGCAAGGACUCAGACCGAGCCAGGAGAUGCUGCUGCAGCUGCUGCAGCUGCUGCUGCGGCGCCUGCCUCCGCUGCUGCUGCUGCUGCUGCUGCUGCUGCUGCUGGUUUGGUUCGCUGCUGCUCUCUGGAGAGCUUGUCUCUUGACAGCACAUAUGUGUCUUGGGCCGACCUGCUUUGCUUCAACUUUUUGGCCCCGAAGCUGCAGCGGCUUUCUCUCCGCAGCAACGGCCUCAGCAGCUGCAGCCCUUUGCCUCUUUUUUCGCCCCUGCAGCCCCAGCAGCAGCAGCAGCAGCAGCAGCAGCAGCAGCAGCAGCAGGGGUGCUGCUGCAGGGAGUGCGCGCAUGCGUUUGGCAGCCUGGAGUGUCUAGACAUUGGCAGCAACUCUCUUUCUUUCUUUUCUCUUAUUUGUGUCUUUGCAAAACUUCUCAAACUUUCGAAACUUUACGCAGCAAAUAAUGGCAUUAAGGGGCCCCUGCUGCCGGCCCCCCUCUUGCUGCAGCUGCAGCAGCAGCAGCAGCAGCAGCAGCAGCAGCAGCAAGAGCACCAAGAGCGGCAGCAGCAGCAAGAGCGGCAGCAGCAGCAAGAGCUGCAGCAGCAGCAGCAGGAACGGCAGCACCAAGAGCAGCAGCAGCAGCAAGAACGGCGAGAGCAAGAUCAGCAGCAGCAGCAGCAACAGCAGCAGCAGCAGCAGCAGCAGCAGCAGAGCGAAGCAAAGUUCAGUUUAGCUGCCUUCUAUGAAGGGCUGACAGGGGCACCUUCCAAAAGCUUCUCGAGGCUUACGGAGCUAUCGCUCGAAGGAAACCCUAUUUACGAUAUGUGGAGCUGGGGCGCUCUGGGGAUUCUCUUCCCUUCGCUGAAGCGCCUCGUUUCCCCUCUGUCUCAGCAGCAGCAGCAGCAGCAGCAACAGCAGCAGCAACAGCAGCAGCAGCAGCAGCAACAGCAGCAGCAGCAGCAGCAGCAGCAGGGUUGCCUGGCCCCACCAAUACCCCCGAGUGCGCAGCGCUCCGAGGCUCGUCUGUUUGAAACCCUUAGAAAGACUCACGGCGCUGCAGCAACACCAGCAGCAGGCGCGCCUGCUGCUGCUGCUGCUGCUGCUGCUCUCUGCAGCAGCUUGGUCACCGUGCUGCUGCAGCCCGAAGCCCCAGAGUGCCGCACAGAGACAGCCGUGAAGAAGAAGCUGCCCCUCAGCCUCAAAAUAGGAGACCUCAAGAUCGUCUGCAUGCGCAUAUUUGGCAUUCCCGCCCACGCCAUGAGGCUGCUUUGCUGCGACAAGGGGUCUCCUGUCUCUGAGGAGAUGUGCGACGAAUCCCUCACCCUUGAGCUGUACGGCCUUCGAGACAACUCCAUUAUCAGAGUCCAGUCGACGCAGUGA